AUGACUGUGGAAGAUCAACAACCUUUGAAAGACUUUUGGUGGCUGAAACCAAGUGAUUUCCUACAGACUAUGGCCAAGAACAACGAUUUGGGCAACAUCAUGGGUGGCUUCUCAACCAUUGCCAAGGCAGCCCCUCUAUUGGAAACUUUUUGGGAACGCUACAGGGUGGUAUACCCACAGUUUCAACUUUUCGAGCGUGUCGAUGCUGGCAUUUGUUGCUACCGGCAAUGUAUACCACUUUAUUUGCACGGCGAUGAAGGAAUCACCUUCAAGAAAGGUGGUGUCCUCAUUAUGUCUAUGCAGUCCCCAUUGGGGUUUGGCACUUCCAAGCGACCCAUGGAGAUGUCAUUGAAUUUGGAAAAGGUUGGGGAAUCAGGGCUUCCACUCAAUUUUGUGAAGUGUGGUAUGCUGACACGUAUGGUCAUGGUGAUUUGCCCCAAGGAGAUGUACAAAGAAGACCCACGUGUGUGGAACGCAAUCUUUGACAAGGUGGCAACAGAUUUUCAACUCAUGGAAACCAAUGGGAUUGAACUGGAUGGCCAGGGCUUGGUGUACCCGAUAGUCAUAGGGAACAAGGGGGAUUGGAGCUACCUUGUAUCUUCCGCCAACCUUGAACGUUCCUACAGAAGGGCACCCAAAUCAGCCAAAGAUUGUGAUCGCGGCAAUGACCGGAAUGUUGAGGGUGCUGGGGUGUGUCACCUUUGUCUGUGUGGACAAAGCCUGGAUUGGGAAAACCUGUGGCUUUGA